UUCGAUAAUUUAACACAAAACCUAUUCAAUGAUUUGAAUAUUUGGACAGUUCAUGGAUUCUUGAGACAAGGGCUGACUCUCUUUUUGUCGCUUUCUGUUAACAGGUGUGAUAGCUGGACAGAAUCUUUUAGAACUACUUCUACUCUUGGUGAUUUAACACGAUUUAUCAAUGGCUUCAUUCUCAUUAUCUGUAUUUUGGGACUGAUGGGAAAUGGAAGGACAAUUUAUCUCCUGGCCUAUUCUAUUAGGAGGAAUUCUUUCACUACUUUCAUCCUGAAUCUAUCCAUUGCUGAUUUUGGGGUCCUCACAUCUCUUCUUGUUGUAGCUAUAUUUGUGGCUGUUUUAAUUCUGCAUGAAAAAACUAACUUCCUAACUUUCUUCUUAUUUCUUGAGCUCUUUUUCUUCACCUAUUCUGCCAGCCAGUUUCUGCUGAUGGCCAUCAGCCUGGAGAGGUGUGUGGCUGUCCUCUUCCCUCUCUGGCAUCGCCGCCAUCAUUAUCCAUAUCUGCCCAGCCUUGUUUGUGGCCUCAUCUGGAUCCUCUCCUUUCUGCUUUCUGGAGUGCACUUCAUUCUCCAUCUGACUAGAAGCUCUGGAAGUUCACCUUUGUUGUACCAGCUUAUUGUGAAUGGUUUACUUUGUACGCCUAUCAUGGUUGUGUCCACUGUGACUCUCUGGAUUCUUAUGAGGUCUAAAUCACAACGCAAUCAAAGGAAGUUGCUCACUGCCUUAUUGCUGGCUCUCCUUUGCUUCCUCCUUUUUUCUCUCCCAAUGAAUGUCUUUUAUGUCACCGAAUAUUUUGGUUCCUGUCAUCCCAUCCUCCUGACCAUUGGGAUGGGAUGUGCCUCUCUCAACAGCAGCAUCAACCCACUCCUUUAUUUCCUAGUCGGGAAGAGGAAUAAGGGAAAGGAUCAGCCCAGAACAUCCUUCAAGAUUGCUCUGCAAAGAGUUUUCCAGGAUGAACAGGGCAGCCCAGCAAAGCAGCAAACCAUGAAGGAAGACCAGUUGUGAAGAAUCACUAUCACUGUUGAUUCAUUUUAAAAGUCAUAUCAUUUCAACAACAACAGACGAAGUUAAUGUAACUUGUGAAAGAAAAUAGCAAAAUUUGGAAUCAUUGCUGUAUAUGUAGCUUCUAGAUGUGAAGAAGAGUCAACUGUAUCAAAUAUUCUUAAAUUAGAUAUGUCCACUAUAUUUCUUAGUAAUAGUAAUGAUUACUACUGUAUUGGGUUGGAAUCACUGGCAAGAGUAGAGGGAGGAAUAAAGAGGGGUUCUAGUUUGGAGUCUUUCCACUGGAGGAAGUGAGAGAAACCAGACCCUUGAAGCCUUUAUGUUCCUGUUCCCCAGAGAAUGCAGAUAAACUAGCAAGGUUCUUAAUCUACAAAAAAGAAACUACUUUGGCCUACUUAUGUAGUUGUUCUUGUUCCUUAUGCCAGACAUGUGUGAAACUUUAAAUACAUCUAAUAUUUAUGGUGAGAAAUAUUUGUCUUUAUUACAUUUUUCAACCCAAUGUUCCCAAAUUUCAUACUUUAAAAGAUGUGCUCAGUAUAAUCAAAACUUGGAUUUUUUGAAAAUGGAUCUAAAAUUUAAACCUGAAGCUUUUCUUUUAGA